UCCUAGAAAUACUUGCCAAUCGAGUAUCGGGCCGUUGAGUCGAGGCUCAGUGAUAAAGACGCUAUAAUUUGACCUCGGCAGAGCCUCGGCAGGGCUGACGUCACCCAGAUCAUUUAGUAAAUAUUCUCUUUAUAAUUAUCUUUACCUCAAAAGGGAGUAUCAUUCAUCCUCGCAUUUCUAUCAACGAAACGAUCUUUUCCGGUAAUCAUACUGACCCUUCAAAAUGGUCCUGACACUCCACCACCUCGGCAUCUCGCAAAGCGAACGCAUUGUCUUUCUGUUUGAGGAGCUCGGCAUUGAGUACAACCUUGUAAAGCAUGUCCGCGACCCGCUCAUGGCACCUCAAUCCUUCAAAUCUCUUCCAGGGAACCGCACUGGUCAAUCUCCUUUUUUCGAGGAUCCGGAAGCCGGAAUCACCCUAUCCGAGAGCGGCGCUAUAUGCGACUACAUCCUUGGCAAGUACGCCAACGAAGGCGGCAAGAGACUAAAGAAAGAGUAUGGUGAGAAGGGCUAUGUGGACUUUAUCUACUUCUACAACUUCGUAAACGGGAAUCUUCAACCCGCUCUAUCUCGCGCCAUGCUCCUCGCGGCGGCCCAAGUACCCGCGGACAAUAUGAUGGCUCAAUAUGCCAACCAUGGCGUGCGACAAGCCCUCGACAUCCUAGAAUCUCACUUUAAGAACCACAAAUGGCUUGCCGGAGAGGACUUUACGGCCGCUGAUUGCCUGAUCAUAUACUCGCUGACUUCACAACGGUAUUAUCAACCGCGCGGGUAUGAAGAAUAUCCGAAUAUUGUACGGUAUCUGAAGGACAUAGGGGAGAGACCGUCUUAUCAAAAGGCUAUGGCGAAGGGAGAUCCAGAGAUGGAGCCAUUGUUAGGCGUGAAGGCGCCGGAGAAGAGUUUGCUUGUAGCGGGAGGUAUAGAAUCGGACAUUUGGCGCAAGAAGUAACGAGAUUUAUAUGGAGGGCAGGGAAGCCUAUCACGUCGCGCUAGCAGCCAGUUUCUUAAGGACUGGAACAUGACAGCGCGUAAUGAUCUCAAAUUCUUGCACUGAAACAAGCUUUCGAAUCGAAAUUUCCUGGAGCGCAUGCAUCUGGUGAAGGAAGCUUUUGAAUGCGUUCCCGAACAUUCGCGACUUGUCCGUGACUUCGAACUCUUCAGAUAUACCUGCAUGAAUCCAAAGCGUCUGGAUCCAAGAAAGUUUGGCAAAGCCAGGGACCACUAAUUUUGCAAAGUACAGAAAUUGUUUAUUGAGGUCUUGCGUCAGGUCAUCAAAUGUUACAUGGCGGUACGUGAGCGGUCUGAUUAAAUCCUGCUGCCUGUCAGGUUGUAAUUUUAAAAGAACGCAGAAAUUUGAUACUCUCCAA